CUCACAGUCUGUUUUAUCGGUCAGUUGGAAACGAGCCAACUCGGAAGUUAUUGUUACUAAAAAUAUUUGCAAAAAUGAAAGUGUUCGCGGCGGUGUUUCUUUGCAUUCUGAUUGCGCACGAGGCCAGAGCCCAGUAUGCAAGAUGCCUGAAUCCCAACCAGAGGACGGGACUUUGUGUGCCCAUAAACGAGUGCCAGACCCUCUAUUCUGUGUUGCAGCAGGACAGAUUGACCGAUCUGCAGAAGCAGUUUAUCAAGUCGUCGGCCUGUGGCAAGGGCGCCAAUAAUCUUCCCUUUGUCUGCUGCACUCAGGACACUGGUUAUGUGAGGAACCAGCGCAGAACACCCACUUUUCCGGACUACGAUGGCUUCGGAGGAGAUUGGCAAGAGGAGGGGCCGAACAGUUUUGCUUUCCCCAGGCAGGAGAGUCGUCCCUGGAGCUUUGGAGCUCAGCAGGCCAGCGACAGGACCUCCGUGCAGAGCACUUCGACUGGUGGUGAUGGCUCUAGCCUUCUUCCACAGCCGCCCACUUGCGGGGGCGUGGCCAUCAGGAACCGAAUUUACGAUGGCAAGGACACUGAUCUCAAUGAAUUUCCAUGGAUGGUGCUUUUGGAGUACCGCAAUCGUUGGGGGGGUUUGUCUCCCAGCUGCGCCGGGUCCCUAAUCAAUCAGCUCUAUGUCCUCACAGCAGCCCAUUGUCUAACUGGAAGGAUCGAACGAGAAAUCGGACCACUUGCCUCCGUGAGAUUGGGCGAGCAUGACACACGUACUGCGGUCGAUUGUCCAGCCGGCGGAGGAAGUUGCGCCCCGGAGGUCCAACGAUUGGGCUUCGCGGAGAUCCGGGCUCAUGAAAGAUAUAGCGAGCAGUCCAAGAAUCAAGUUCACGACAUUGGUUUAAUUCGCUUGGAGCGAAAUGUUCGCUAUUCGGACAAUGUUCGACCUAUUUGCUUGCCCUCGGCUGUGGGUCCGGAAGUGCGGCAAGCGGGCCAGCAAUUUACUGUGGCCGGAUGGGGACGUACUCUCAAAAUGGCCCGCAGUCCCAUCAAGCAGAAGGUAUCGCUCAACUAUGUGGAUCCGGCCAAGUGUCGCCAGAGAUUCUCACAGAUCAAAAUCGCCGUCGAAUCCACCCAACUCUGUGCCGGCGGACAAUUUCGGCAGGAUAGCUGCGAUGGCGACUCCGGCGGACCUCUGAUGCGAUUCCGCGGCGAUUCCUGGGUCCUCGAGGGCAUCGUGUCCUUUGGCUACAAGUGCGGCCUAAAGGACUGGCCCGGUGUCUACACAAAUGUGGCUGCCUAUGACAUCUGGAUCCGGCAGAAUGUGAGGUCUUAGAAGCAAAGCGAACUUCCCAUUAGGUUCAAAACCGAAAUUGUGAUCUUUAUUAUUCUUAAACUAGCAGAGUAACCUAGAAUU